UGGCCCAGCGUCGUCAUUGUAAACAAUAAUUGGUUCUUAACUGACUUGCCUAGUUAAAUAAAGGUAAUACAUGUAGCUGUUCUAGCCUUCCAACCCGUAUUGGCAGUAAUGAGUGAUCAAUUGGUGGUGCCGAAUAGGCAUAUUUUCUGUUGCUUGUAAAUUCUUAUUUUGGGAAGUACAUACUGUAAUGACCCUGGGUCGUUACAAUACAUUACAGGCUUAAAUGAAGAUAGAUGCUCAGCGAAACUCUAUAUUUGAUGAGUAGAAAAACGUAUUUUGACAUUAUACCGCUUGGAGAGAUGUGUACUGGGAGUUUGAAUCGUAACUUCCCGGGUGUUAGAGAGGAGACCCUUCAUACUCAUCGUCGGCAUUUCUACUGGGGCAGUUCUAUCUGUCCCUUCCAAAAAAAUACAAAAUUCAGAGCAACACUCAAUGCAUUGCUUUAAACAUAAGUCACUGCAAAUUCACCAGGAAGGGACUCUAGUAAAAAACUGAGAGCAAACACAAUAUACAGUAAAAUUCCUGCAAUGACUUUGAGCAGUCUCCUCUUACUGUUCAAACUACAACAAAUGGCACAAUCAAUGGCUCGUCCUUGGUGUAGCCUCAGCUUCAGGAUUACUGGGUGGUGCAAGGGAUUUCAAUGUCCUAGGCCAUAAUUGCAAAUUUGUAUUUUUUUAUCUUAUUUUCUCACAUUGUUUGUAUGUCUCCAUAGAAUCCCCAAUUACCAGAAGGUCUAUGUAUGCUACAGUUUCUCCGUUUCUGAAGACAGGAUCCCAAAAAACGAGGGGUCGUAUCAGCUCUACCAUUUAUGUCAUCUACAUAAAAAGUGUUUGAAUGGAUCAAUUGUAGAAAUACAAUGCAAACUACUGUAUAUCCCUCAUCUGGUUAUUCAAUGGAUACAGGGUUUUUGUAUUUUUUAUAGCAGCUCUGGCUGUUGAUCAAACUGAUAGUGUUUGGUCAACAGUGUUCCCUCUGAAAAGCACCGUCAAAGCAUCUCAGCAGGAAAUACCGUUGGGGCUGGAUGGGAGAUAAAUUAUUUGACUAGGCAGCUGAACUACAUUUUGAGUUGAGGAAAUGUGGACAUAUUCAAAUAGUUUAUUAGUACUUUGCAAAGAAAUCAGACAGAUACAAUCACGCCACAGAUACUACAUGCUAUAAGGUUUGAGAGCACAAAUGUGACAUACUCCUUGCAGAUUGCAUACUAUGGAAUAUGAGAAUACAGUAUAGGCCAUAUUUUAUGGACAAAGACAGUUAGUUGUGUCAGUUGUGUGAAUUACAGAUUAUCAAUAAGAGAGGAGCACCUACUUACGAUUUGUAUGAGAUUUGGCAAGUAUUACAUUUGUCAUUUUAUUUAACUAGGCAAAUCAGUUAAGAACACAUUCUUAUUUUACAAUGACGGCCUACCCCGGCCAAACCCUCCCCUAACGAUUCUGGGCCAAUUGUGCAACCCACCCUAUGGGACUCCUAAUACAUAGCCGGUUGUGAUACAGCCCAGGAUUGAACCAGGGUGUGUAGUGACACACUGAGAUGCAGUGCCUUAGACCGCUGCGCCACUCGGGAGUCAUUGGUAAGGUGUACUUUGAAUUAGUAUGGUGCACUAUAAAAGUUGAUGUUUCACAGUGUUUUAUAUUCUUCAAACUGAUUCAACCCUGAGAGGGGAAUAAAAUUAUUUGGCUCAGCGCUGAAGGACACUGUUGAGCAUACAAUCAUGAAAGAGAUUUAUGUUUUCUCAUGGCAUAGUACAACAACGACUCAAGUGAUGAAAUCAAAGGUGACACAGUUUAAGUCAAUGAGUAACUGAUACCCGAAUAGACUUAGGGAUGACUUCGUCUCACUGUUGUAAGCAUUUCAAAUGAGCAUUUAAAAAAUACAAAUUAUUAGAGCAUUACGUAAAUCAAGGAAUGAUCAAAAACAUGGGCAGAAAGCCACAGUCUUGUGGCUUGCAGUUUGAAAAGGCAUACACCAGUAGAGAUUAUAUGAUGAGCAAUGGGUUUUACCCCUAUCACUUAAGGCUAUUGACCUGGAGUAUGUGUUGCUUCCUCAAAAACGACUUUAGAAUUCUGAAACACACACUGUGUGUGUGUGUUAAGAGAUACUCUGAGUAGUGGAACACUGAAUUGCAUUGGUGUGUGAAUUUCUGGAAAAGGUCUGAGGCUAGGUGUGCUUUCCCAUGUGCUCGAACUCACUGUCCACACCUGAAGAUCAUCCCUGGUGUUGUGGCUGUUGAUCUACAUGAGCUUACCUUGUGUACUGCCAAUUCCCAGAUCGAGCCUCAUCACAGCUUUGCAGGCCCUUUUGUCAAGAGUGGAAAAUGCACAGUACACCUCUGUGGCUGUCCAUAGGGGGUUACAACAACACUCCCAGUGACAGAGGAGAACUAAACAGGCAAGACAAAAUGGUGGUUGAUUCACAGAGCCUGUUUCAUCUCUAUGUAAGGCAGCCUUAGGGGCCUAGACUGAAGCAGUCGGUAAACUCACAAUGUGAUUCACCCUUUACUAACAAAUUUAAAAAGGAGUUGUACGGUACAAUCUUGUCCACUUUUCUGAGGCACUUUGGACCUCUAUGCUGCCAUUUGAUGUAGUAUUGAAAUAUUGUUCAAAGUUAAAUCUAUUCAGUCGGGCUCACGUCUGGUUGUGUUGUUUAAGGGCUUAACAUUCGGUGCAGUGGGUAUUUCACCAUAGGCUACUAUACUAUGUGGAAAGGUGAGUGACCCCAUGGUCACCAGCUCUCUGAUGACUCGCCAUAUUACCCAGGUGGCACCAUAAAUGUUUAUGGUAUAGUUAUGGUAGUGCUGUACCAAAAGUGUCAUGAGAGAUGGGUGGAGAUGGUGACUGUGUGUAUUUAAAGAGGGACAGGUUGUCACUCAGUACCUUAUUCUUCCCUGCUUGCCUUGGAAUUGAUUUUUCGCUCACCUCUCCUCAACCCAUCAACUCUCUGUACAACAUGGCCUUCGCUGGAAAGUGGGAAACUGAGACCCAGGAGGGAUACGAAGAAUUCUGCAAGCUCGUUGGCAUCCCUGAUGACAUCAUUGAGAAGGGUCGCGACUACAAACUCAUCACUGAGGUGGUGCAAAACGGCAAUGAGUUCUCAUGGUCCCAGCUCUACCCCACAAACAAGAGCGUCACAAACAAGUUUGUAAUUGACCAGGAAUGUGACAUGGAGACCAUCGGUGGGAAAAAGUUCAAGGCCACCGUUACAAUGGAGGGGGGCAAGCUGAGCACGAAAUUCCCCAAAUACCACCACACAUCUGAAAUCAGCGGAGGAAAGCUGAUUGAGACCUCUACCGUGGGCUCGGUCGUGUUGAAAAGAACCAGCAAGAAGAUGUAAAGAUAUUGUGACCGUGUUAUUAACAACAACUCUAACUGAAUAACGAGUCAAUAAAAUGAGACUGCA